UAUUCGCCAUAUUUUUCGCUACGAAAAUUAAGUUUGACGUAAGAGCCUACAAAAUUUUCGAGUGCACUUCCAGAAAAGAAAAACAUAUUUUUCACCUACAUGUAACAUGUUCUCAUUGAAUUCCAUUAACACCCAAAACCAGAUUCUAGUUAGUUUUAGUCAGUUAUCGGCACGUUACGCGUGCUUAUUUAGGUAUAGGAAGCACACUAGUGGUAAAAGCAGCAAUGUGACGAGGAAAGAGGGUGCUGCGAGUUCGUAUGAUGCAACAUUGUGCUCACAAAGUUUGGAGGAGACCCUGAAAAAUUUUGAUAAGGAUGUCUUGAAUGAGAUGAGGAGGAUCGACGUGCGUUCUCUGGCGAGUCUCACUGGUGCUCGGAGGCCGUUGGCCUGCGCCAGGGAGCUGACGUCGACCAGAAAAGUCUCCUAUGUAUCGGCACAGAGUUUUGACCAGAAUAAAAAUGGGUGGUGUGCCGCAAACUCGCCGCCUACCGUCACUGUGGACAUCCGAGGGAAUAAAACCAGAUUCAGUUUCACAGACAACUUUGUGGGCCUCCUCGCACGCAGCGUUCAAGACAGCACCUUCCGGUUCAACGUACAAGCCAGAGGAUUCAAGACGGAGAGGGGGAUCCAUGCCGACCUCAAACGGAACCCGAACCUCAUUAAUAGACUGCGGCUAAACGUAAACGACAACACAACUGAGAAACAGUCGGUCAACCUUGGGCCGGAGGUGGCGCCGCGCCUCGAAAAGCUUCUCAGCGAAGACCCGGUGCUCACGCACCAGCAGAAGGACAAGAUCAAGAUCGCGUUUGCUGAGGGGUACCUUGCUGGUUCGCACCCAGACAACGUGCGCGGCACCAAAGCCUCCAAAUACCUGAAGCUGGUGCAGCAACUGCUGACCAUCGUGCUGUUCCUGGCCAUCUUCGUCAGCCUCAUGGCGUCCGUCAGCGGGACAGUCUUCCGGAUUCAGCUAGGCAACCAAGUGGAGGUGGACCCGGAAGACAUCUCCGUCACCUUCGAUGACGUCAAGGGAGCUGAUGAGGCGAAGCAGGAACUGCUGGAUGUUGUGGAAUUCCUAAAAUCCCCCGAAAAGUUCUCUUCUCUAGGGGGCAAGCUACCAAAAGGAGUGCUGCUAGUCGGUCCUCCUGGCACCGGCAAGACUCUACUAGCUAGGGCGGUGGCUGGCGAAGCGAGGGUGCCUUUCUUCCAUGCUGCAGGACCAGAAUUUGAUGAGAUACUGGUCGGCCAGGGCGCUAGAAGAGUUCGGGAUUUGUUCAAAGCGGCGAAGGAGCGCGCGCCGUGCGUGAUAUUCAUCGACGAGAUUGACUCCGUCGGUGCUAAAAGGACCAACAGCGUACUGCACCCGUAUGCCAACCAGACGAUAAACCAGCUGCUAUCAGAGAUGGACGGCUUCCACCAGAACGAGGGCGUGAUUGUUUUAGGAGCCACCAAUCGUCGAGACGACUUGGAUCAAGCCUUACUGCGGCCGGGACGAUUCGACGUCGAGGUGAACGUGCCGACUCCAGACUACAGCGGCCGCCGGGACAUCCUACAGCUGUACCUCGCGCGCAUAGCGGCGCACCCCGGCGUCGACUGCGACGUGCUCGCUCGAGGCACCACCGGCUUCACCGGCGCCGACCUCGAGAACAUGGUCAACCAGGCCGCGCUCAAGGCGGCGAUAGACGGCGCGAAGAUAGUGACAAUGAAAUACCUGGAAGAUGCACGAGACAAGGUCCUCAUGGGGCCUGAGAGGCGCUCGCGGCUGCCUGAUGAAGAGGCCAACACCAUAACUGCUUACCAUGAAGGUGGGCAUGCGGUGGUGGCUUACUAUACCAAGGACUCGCACCCGCUACACAAAGUGACGAUCAUACCUCGAGGGCCUUCAUUGGGACACACAGCGUACAUACCUGCUAAAGAGAGAUACCACGUGACGAAGCAGCAGUUGUUAGCCAUGAUGGACACGAUGAUGGGUGGCCGCGCGGCCGAGGAGCUCAUCUUCGGGCCCGACAAGAUCACCUCAGGUGCGUCAUCCGACCUGAAGCAAGCGACGUCCAUAGCGUGCCACAUGGUCCGCGAGUGGGGCAUGAGCGACAAGGUGGGGCUGCGCAGCAUGGAGCCGCCGCGCGGCGCGCUGGCCCCCGCCGAGGCGCUGGGGCCCUACACCAACGAGCUGGUUGACGGCGAAAUCAAGAAGCUUCUAUCGGAUAGUUACGAGCGUGCAAAAGCGAUCCUUCGGGCGCAUGCUAAGGAACACAAGGCGCUUGCCGACGCGCUACUCAAAUACGAAACGCUCGACGCGGAAGACAUCAAGGCCAUAAUGAACGGCGACAAGGUGAAGGUGGAGCGACAAGGCCGCCCCGCCAAGGACGCCGCCGCCGCGCCGCAGCCCGCGCCCGCCGCGCCGCUGCUGCCGCAGCCGCAGCCCGCGUAG